GGUACAAAAACAACGGCUAAAGCACAGGCAAAAGCGCCGGUGAUGGUUAAAUUAUCAGUACAAAAAAUUCGCCAAUGUCUUUUUAAAACCUAAUUCCGAGCACGCCCUCGACGCCCCAAGGAUUGUGCCCCCAGAACCGACUGGGGCGAUCCACAGAGCCACCAGAUCAGGAGUAGUUACGCCCGCAAUUCGUAGUCCCCCCGUUCUAUUUGGCCCGCAUGACGUACAUAGGUUUGCGCUAAAAGUGAAACCACGGAGCACCCCCAACAAUAGAAAACAACCGAUUGCAAUCUUUAUAUAGUCUGAUAGUGACGCAGCGCGCCGUAGCAGGAUGCUGAUGCGCGGCGUGCAGAUCCUGCAUCGAAGACACCAGCAGUUUGGAAGGGCUUUCAGCCAGUGCUCCUUGCGUCAUGAUGCAGGCAAUCCUUGGCGGCGGAAUGAGAGCGAGUCCUUCAAACCGCAUCCCUGGAAGCGGCCCAGCAUGUUCCUCCAGUUUCGCUGCACUGCCGGUGGCAGUGAUUCUAAAAAGAAGGAGCAAGCGGUGCUGGAGGAGACCACCGCUGGUCCAGAGGCUCAACCAAAGGAAAAGCAAACGAAAAACUUUGAGGUAAAGACGUCCAAGGGAAUCCUAUCUAUCAGCACCACCAUCGAGGACUCCAAGAUCAAUGAGAUUGUGUUCGAGAAAUCCGACCUGCCUUCGGUGACCAAGCUCAAUGAACCGGCCUUGGCCGCAGGGGCCAUCAGUCUGCGUUCCAGCUCCACUGCAGCAGGGGGUGGUGCAGUGGGAAUGGGAGGAGGUUCAUCUAUGAAUCCUACUGAAACCAUGCCACUAACAGCACCAGGUCCAACUGCAAUUACUUUGGCUGCAGCUGCGCUAGCCGAAAAGACCGGAGAUAUCCCUUCUAAAUCCCCACCAGCAGAGGGUCCGCCUCCAAUGCCUGUGAUUCCUCCCAAGCGACCUCGAUUCGACUAUCGCGCUUCACUGGAGCGCAACUUUGUGACUCCCAAUAGGGCCAUAAGCGAUUUCUUGCUGACCGCUACGGACCUUGAAUGCCUGCCCAAAAUCAAACGGAGAUCCCCGUACGAACAAGAGCCACCCAUGACCGUCUACUGGCGACGCGAUGUGGAGGCCAAGGCCGUCGAAGUGUGGGGCUCCAAGGAGAACCUAUUGCGGGAGCGACUUAAGCGGGAGGUAGAACGCAAGCAGUACCAGCAGAUUUAUGACUCCGCAGAUCUUUUCACUGUUAAACGGCGGUUGCGCGACUACCGCAGGGAGAUGGGAUCUCGCACCAAAGUGAUGCUCGACAACCGAAAGGAGUCGGAGAAGUCCGGUCAAGUGGUGGCCACAGCCAUUGCCAUCAAUGCGGCUAACUUACUUUUCAAGGCUGGAGGCUGGCUGUAUAGCGGGUCCCACAGCAUGUUUGCAGAGGUUAUCCACUCACUGGCGGACUUGAUAAACCAGCUCAUUUUGGCCUUUGGCAUCUACAAGUCCUCUCAAAGUCCGGACAUGGAUCAUCCCUAUGGAUACAUGAACAUGCGUUACGUUUCCUCGCUGAUUUCAGGCGUAGGCAUCUUCUGUGUUGGAUGUGGCCUGUCUAUUUACCAUGGAAUUGACGGCAUUCUCCAUCCGGAACCCAUAACAGAUCUGUUUUGGGUAUAUUGCAUCUUGAUGGGAUCGCUGGUCUCGGAGGGAGCCACUCUGGUGGUGGCCAUCAACGAGCUCAAGCGAGCGGCUAAGGAAAACAGUAUGACCUUUAAGGAUUAUGUUAUUUCUGGAAAGGAUCCCUGCGUUAAUGUGGUGCUUUGUGAGGACGCUGCUGCAGUAACUGGCGUCAUGGUGGCUGGAGCUUGCAUGGGAUUGAGCAGCUACACAGGAUCCCCCAUCUUUGAUGCAGCCGGAUCCUUGGUUAUUGGAGCACUACUGGGUGCCGUGGCAUCCUUUAUCAUUUACACAAAUGCUAAUGCCCUGGUGGGGAUAUCAAUCGCUUCCGAGCGUCUGGAAAAGAUUAACACUGCCUUGGAGGCAGAUGUUAUGAUCAGAGCGAUAUACGAUGUCAAAGGCAUCGAUAUUGGCAACGCUCGAGUCCGCUACAAGGCUGAGCUCGACUUUGACGGUCGCGAGCUGACGCGCUCGUAUCUGGACAAACAGGAUCUCGCAAAGCUGCUUACGACGGUUCGAGGCUUCCAAAAGGUUGAGGAUCUGGAGGGCUUUCUUCUUGAUCAAGGCGAAAACAUUGUGGACCUGAUGGGCGGUGAAAUUGAUCGCAUUGAGAUGAAUUUGCGGACGCAAUUCCCAGAGAUACGUCAUGUGGACCUUGAAAUACUCUAAAUGCCAUCCAUUCGCGUGGGGGUCUGUUACAAACAUAAAGCAUUGGGUGAUUUGGUUGCUUUCUAUAAGAAAUUAUUGCCUGUCUAGCUUAUAUUUAUUUCCCAUUGUGUACUUCUAGAUGUAACUUUAAAGCUAAGCAUUAAAAGUGUAUUGCCACCGGCUUGGCAGGAGCUCGGUGGUUUAAAGGAAA